AUGGCGAAGGAGGCCUUCUCGUGGCUGCUGAAGGACUUGAAGGCCCAGCUCUGUUCUUUGCUGCGGGAGUUUUUGCUGCUGGUGGACGGGGGCUUCCUUACAAAUGUGGCUCACGAGGCAGCAGUCCGCAGCAGCAGCAGCAGCAGCAGGGGCAAGGGGGCGAAGCGCGGCGGCAGCAGCAGCAGCCGCAGGCAUUAA